AUCAGACGCAUCGGCCUUUACGCGGCGAGGAGAAGAGCAAAUGAAGCUUUGACAUUAGAAGAUCUGAAAAAUUGGGCAGGACGAUCUUGGUGUGACGGGGUGAGAACGGUGGAGGAUGGGCGGUAGACAAGAUUUGGAGGCGAAUGGGCGUGGGGAGGAGGAAAGGACACGAGUUCAGGAGGCGGACAGAGGACAGCGUAAACGAUGACAUCGGCUUGUAGGAAAAGCCGCCUUUUGUGCGCGGCAAUGAGGAGGCUCCCGCUCGUUUGCGUGUGUCGUCUGACAAGGGCGAGCUCUGACAGGCUCAGAGUAGUGGUAGGCGGGAAGAGUGUCGGGUGUCAAGAGGAGGUAUCGCGAGGUUGGGUGGUGAGAGGGGGUGGUGACGCCUGGGAAGGACGAAUACGCGAGCGUAGUUGGGUUGCCCGACGGGUCCGGGAGAGUUUGAGGAUUUGUUAGCCCUCAAGCGAGGCACGUCGAUCUAUUCAACCGUGUU